AGGGAGGAACUGUUCGCCGGUUGGCUGCUGGUGUGGCUCGAGCGACUGGAGUCGUGUUAAUAUCAGAACUCAUCAUGGCGCUGGGUUCACCUCAGAACGAACAUCCGUUUGGCGAUUUGAUCGAAACUCUCCGGAGCGAACAAUAUGAAGAGCUGAGGUAUUUCAACCCACUGAAGCUCAGUGAUGAUGCCAGAUAUGAGAAACUGCCGUUCUGCAUGCGGGUUCUCCUGGAGUCCGCCAUUCGGAAGUGUGACGGGUUCUACAUAAAGACAGAGGAUGUCUCUAAUAUUUUGGACUGGCAGACGCAGCAGAACCAGGCCGAGGUGGUGUUCUCUCCCGCCAGGGUUCUGCUGCAGGAUUUUACGGGAAUUCCUGCUAUGGUGGAUCUGGCAGCCAUGAGAGAUGCUUUAGCUAAACAGGGGGUUGAUCCAAACCUGGUGAACCCCAGAUGCCCCACAGACCUCAUCGUAGAUCAUUCGCUGCAGAUCGACUACAGCAAAUGUGGCAUCCAGAGCCCUUCAAUCCCCGUGGAUGAGAGUCAAGGUGCCGCUGUCAGAUCUCCUGCCGGUCGACCAUCUCCGCGAGGGAGUCACUGUACAGGUCAACGCCCGGGUCAUCGGGGAGGCUGCAGUAAAGCCUCCUGCUCGGACGCCCCCAGUGGCAGAACCGCAGCAGUGCAGAUAGAGAACACACCCCCCCUGUGCCCCUUCCACCUGCAGCCCGUGUCAGAGCCUGAAACUAUGAUCAGGAAUCAAGAGAUGGAGCUAACCAGAAACAAAGAGAGAUUAGAGUUCUUUAAGUGGUGUUCAAAAGCCUUCAAAAACAUCAACGUGGUUCCUCCAGACAUCAACACAGUGCAUCAGGUGAACCUAGAGUACCUGUGUCAGGUGGUACAGGAAAGGGAGGGGUUUAUUUAUCCAGACAGCGUGGUGGGAACGGACUCCCACACCACCAUGAUCAACGGCCUCGGGAUCCUGGGCUGGGGAGUCGGAGGCAUUGAAUCAGAGGCGGUCAUGUUAGGUCAGCCAGUGUCCUUAACUUUGCCACAGGUUGUCGGCUGUAAACUCUUUGGGACCAUCAGUCCUCUUGCAACGUCCAUUGAUAUCGUACUGGGCAUUACAAAGCAUCUGCGUCAUGCGGGAAUCGACGGGAAGUUUGUGGAGUUCUUUGGGCCUGGUGUACCGCAGCUCUCGGCUUCUGAUCGGACCACUAUCGCUAACAUGUGCCCGGAGUACAGCGCCACCGUGAGCUUCUUUCCUGUGGAUGACAUCACCCUGCAGCACUUUAAACACACCAUCUGCAGUGAGGAGAAGCUUGUGGUUUUAGAAGACUACCUAAAGGCUAUCAAACUCUUCAGAACCUACGAUGAACAAUCAGAAGAGCCGCAGUAUUCGGAGGUCAUCGAGAUGAACCUGAGCUCCAUUGUGCCUCAUGUCAGCGGACCCAAACGGCCACAGGAUAGAGUGGCCGUGUCUUGCAUGAAGGAAGACUUUAUUAACUGCCUGAAUGAAAAGGUGGGUUUUAAGGGCUUCCACAUAUCCAAAGACAAGCAGGCAGCUCUGGUCCCGUUCCUGCAUGAGGGGGCUGAGUACAACCUGGCACACGGAUCCGUCGUCAUCGCUGCCAUCAUCAGCUGCACCAAUAACUGCAACCCGUCCGUCAUGCUGGCCGCAGGUCUAUUAGCGAAGAAAGCCGUCGAGGCUGGUCUAACGGUAAAACCGUACAUCAGGACCAGUCUGGUGCCCGGCGGUGGAACCGUCACACAUUACCUGAACACCAGCGGAGUCCUGCCCUUCCUCAAGAAACUCGG